AAUAGCAAAACCAUGACGAAGAGGAUUGCAGUUGUUACGGGGGCCAACAAAGGGAUAGGAUUUGAGAUAUGUAAGCAGCUUGCUUCAAAUGGGGUCAAGGUUAUAUUAACUGCUAGAGAUGAGAAGAGGGGCAAUGAAGCUGUUGAAAAACUCAAAUCUGCUGGAUACUCCGAUGUGAUUUUUCAUCAACUUGAUGUGGUGGACAACGCUAGCAUUUCUUCUUUUGCAAAUUUCAUCAAAACCCAGUUUGGGAAGCUUGACAUAUUGAUAAAUAAUGCAGCGAUUGCUGCAGCGAUAAUCAAUCCAGAAGAUCAAGAGGUCUUGUAUGAUAAAAUUAUAGGUGCAAAUCCGGGAUCCUUGGAGACAGUUUUAAAGAAAACUUACGAAACAGCUAUUCAGGAUUGUCUAAGAACAAAUUAUUAUGGGAUCAAGCAACUUAUAAAAGAACUAAUUCCACCUCUUGAAUUAUCCAAUUCAGCAAGAAUAAUAAAUGUCUCCUCCACCUUGGGACAACUAAAGCGUAUUUCAAAUGAGAAUACAAGAAAGGAGCUAGAAGAUGAUGUAGAUGACCUCACAGAAGAGAAAGUGGAUAAGGUGGUGGAAGGGUUCUUAGAAGACACCAAGGAGAAUUUGCUAAAAGUCAAAGGCUGGCCUGCAAAUUAUUCUGAUUAUAGUGUCUCUAAGGUAGCUCUGAAUGCUUACACGAGGGUUCUGGCUAAGAAGUAUCUCAACAUUGCCAUUAACGCAGUUAGUCCUGGAUUUGUCAAGACAGAUUUGACUAGAAACACCGGGGUCCUGACUGUUGAAGAAGGUGCAAAAGGUCCUGUCAUGCUGGCUUUGAUGUCUGAAGGUGGACCUUCCGGCCUAUUCUUUGAUAGGACGAAAGUGUCAACCUUUUAACUGAUAACUGGUGAAAUACGAUGUAGUUGCUCAUUUUCAUGUCAUGGUUUCUAGUAAUAUAUGUUUUCGGUUCUUGCA